AUGUAUAUUAUUGAUGGAGUAUGGAGGCAUAAUCCAAACGAACCAACCGAAACUGAUUCAAAUGGUAACAUCAAUAACGUCUUUGAAGUUCCAGAAUAUCUUCCAUCUGAAUCGCAACAUUCAGAUCAAGAAUCACAACCUGAACCCAACACCUUUGAUUCUCAAGCCGAUCAAACCUCCGAACCCACAGAAGACAAAGAUCUCAUCAACACAGCCGUCUUUCCAACCCAAAGUCCUCAAAGAAUCCCAUCAACAUCUCAAUCCACUCCACCAUCCACUCGUCUUCCCACCAAAUCGAUGAUCGGCAGUCGAACCCAUUCAUUAAUCUCACAAUCCAGAUCACGUCAUACGUCAUAUCAUUCACCAAGUUUCUUAGGUUCGACCAUCGCACCAGGUACUCCAACCGAGAAAUCCACUCCAGCUCAAACUUCGGUUUCAACGGUAGUCUCAGCCAUGGCCGGAGCAGCUGCUACAGCUAUUCCUGCUGCUAUCUUUGCUGUGACGGGUAAAGAUAUUAUACGUAAUAGAAGUAGUAGUGCAAGUGCAAGUGCAAGAUCUAUGCCGGUGAGUAUCAAUAAAGCGAAUGUAGAUCGAAACGUUUCACUUCCGAAUAGUACUCCUGGUCAAAAACUUAAGAGUGACAUUCAAGAACCUUUACCGAUCCUGCUUACACUUAAUGAUCCUAAAGAGAAUGAUGAAGUCGUUAAAGGGAAAUCAGAAGUUGAUACUCAUUUACAACUCGAACCAUCACAGCAAGAUAGAUCAGAACCAAAAGUAGAAAGUAUCGAAACUCAAGUUCAAGAAGUUCAAGAUCCUAAGCCAGAACCUGAACUGAUUGGUGGAGGAGCUUUACAAGCCAUUGAAGAAACUGGAUCCGAAGUAUCACAGAAUGAUAAACCAGACACGAAGUCCAAAGAAGAACUUAUCAACCAAUCCACAAGUGUAACCGAUCUACCAUCCUCAACUGAAGCUGUGGUCCAACCUCCGACCUCAGAGAAUAUCGUCUCCUUUGAUCAACCAGAACAUGAAGGAGAAAGUCAAGUUGGUGAUGAUCCUAAUACGCCAGUUAGGAAACGUAAGACUAGUUUGUUUCAGAAAAUUAAAGUCGCUCUUAGUCCUGGUUCACAUGGUCAUAGGAAAACAUCUGAAUCUACUGAAUAA